UCACGGGCCUCUCUCCACGCCUGCACUCCAACACGGACGAGCCAACGAGAGGAGGGAGGCGAGAUGCCGGCGGGGCCUAAGAACGGCGGGGGCGGCGCGGCAGCCGCGCGAGCGGCGGCUGCGGGGCCGAGGACGGUGCUCAUCACGGGGGUCAGCCGGGGGCUGGGCCGAGCUUUAGCUCUGGAGCUCGCGCGCCGGGGGCACGCCGUCGUCGGCUGCGGCCGCUCCGCCGAUCCCAUCCGCUCCCUCGAGGCCGAGAUGGGUUCCUCGUGUCGCCACUUUCUCACCGUCGCCGACGUCAGGUCUGACAGCAGCAUGGGUGAACUGGCAAAGGCUGUUGUGGAAAGGAAGCAAAUUCCUGAUAUCAUAGUAAACAAUGCUGGUACAAUAAACAAGAAUAACAAAACGUGGAAUGUUCCAGCAGAAGAAUUUGAUACGGUGGUUGAUACAAAUAUUAAAGGAACAGCAAAUGUACUUCGCCAUUUUGUACCACUUAUGAUACAGAAGAAACAUGGGAUGAUAAUCAAUUUAUCCUCUGGUUGGGGAAGGUCUGCUGCUGCAGAGGUUGCUCCAUAUUGUGCUUCAAAGUGGGCUAUCGAAGGUUUAACACGCUCAUUAGCAAAGGAGUUGCCUCCUGGAUUGGCAGCAAUUGCUCUUAGCCCUGGUGUUGUGAAUACCGAUAUGCUUACUUCAUGCUUUGGAAGUUCAGCUGCGUUAUACCAAUCUACUGAGCAAUGGGCACCCAAGGCAGCCACAAUGAUUCUAAGCCUUUCACUGGAAGAUAAUGGUGCCUCACUAACUGUAUGAUGCUGUAGCAAUGUUGUAUUAAUCACAGAUCGGUUCUCAAGUAAUUAUGACAUUUAACUUGCUGCUGUUGCAUCAAUUAUGUUGUAGUAAUAAGAUAAAAAGGUUCAUGUACUUGUGCUCGUUAGUUUGGCUAACCGUUGUUUGAAAAUGAGCUGUGUAUUCGCUGUUUGGAACA